AUGUCUUGCUACGACCUGUGUCCCACCACCAGCGGCAUCGCCUGCCCCCAGCCCAUCGCCAACAGCUGCAAUGAGCCGUGCGUCCGCCAGUGCCCCGACUCCACAGCCCUGAUCCAGCCACCCCCGGUUGUCGUCACCUUCCCCGGCCCCAUCCUCAGCUCCUUCCCCCAGCAGGCCGUGGUGGGCUCCUCUGGAGUACCCGCUUUUGGAGGCUCCCUGGGGCUGGGGGGCCUCUACGGUGCUGGAGGCCUCCAAGGUGCUGGGGGCCUCUACGGUGCUGGGAGCCUCUAUGGUUAUGGAGGCUCUCUGGGAUAUGGGGGCCAGUAUGGCUAUGGCAGCUCAGCCCUCUCCACACUCGGCAGCGGCUACUGCAGCCCCUACUCCUCCCGCCGCUACAGCCGCCUCCUGCGCAGCAACUGCGGGCCCUGCUAA